AUGCGUCGCGGUAGUAAUGAAAAUAGUGGUGAUAACCCCAAUCCUGUUGGUCAUCGGCAGCACCAAUAUCAUGCUGGUUCUCAACAAGGACGUUUACCAAUAGCGCCAUUGUCGUCUGGUUUACAACCUGAGUCGGGUGUAACUGAAAACUUCCAACAAAUAUCUAAUGUUCCAGUUUCCAUAGAACAACAGGAACGAAAUGUGGCAUCUGGUUUUCAUUCGUCCCAGCAAGAGCAGCAGCGUCAUCAUUAUUAUCACCAUCAUCAUCAUCAUUAUAAUAAUAAUAUUUAUCAGCGUCAGGAUUACCGUGUGCAGCAAUAUUCUAUGGGAGCUUCUUCCUCUACAGAACACAACCGGAGACAAGCGGCAACUAACAUAUUUAAUAUUCAUUUGGGUUCAACAUCUGCUAUGACUCUACCAACAUUAGGCUUUACAAGCACUUCGCAAACGUUGUUGACUCAUCGUGGAUCAGAUCUUCCCAUACCAACGAUACAGAGAGAUUUGUCCCCAUCGCUUCUUUCUUUCGCUAGUGGUGUUGUGAGUGACCAGAGAGGUAAUGCUAGGAUGGAAAGACCAACUAUAAUCUCGGUACAACCACCUUUAUCUCCGUUUUCUGGUAAAUACAUUCAACCACGAGAACAACAACGUUUAUCUGCAAUUGUCCAGCAUGAUCAACGUGAAAGAGGACGUGGUAGUGAAACAGUUAGAACGGUACAACAGGAUAUUUCUUCUGGUAUUUCCAAUAUUUCGGCUGAAAGUAUUGUAUCUACAGAAGUGUGUUAUAUGAGUAAUAUUCCCCAUGAAGGGGUUCAAUAUCCACAACAACAACAACAAUACGGACAAGAGAGGCAGCCACAUUUCAGGACCAGUCCGAGCAAUGCAGUGAAUAUCUCUCUUGGUACUUCCCUUUCAAGCGACGUCACGGUAACUCAUCCUCAUUCUCCCUCUUUCCAGUUAACUCAACAAUUGAGGAGUAUAGGAACAGGAACAGGAACAACAACAACAACAACAACAACAACAACAACAACAACUAGUGCAAGUGGUAGUAGUCCUUACAACUAUGAUCCUCGUCCUCGUGAAACCUCUGGUGGUGUGAUCCCUACUGCUCAGCGUGGGAUGGUGAUGAUAGGAGCAGGGAACACAAGGUCACUUGUUAGCCCUGUGGCACUCAGAAUGUCUGAACAGGAUGGGGUGGAAACCACAACUAGUAUGAGAAGGACGGAAUGGAGUCAGCAUCCACAUCUACCAUACCCACAGCAACAAACCCAAAAAAUGGUUGCAUGGGGUCCUUCUUCAACUUCACAAAGUACUGCAACAUUUUCCUCAGAAGGAUUACCCCUUGGCACCGAAUCACCAAUUGUUUCUUCACAACCCUCUGCUCCUCAAACGACAAUGAGUAUAGGUGAGAUGGCUAUGUAUAAUUUACUUCCCCCACAACGUCCGGAACAUGUUGGUCGAGCGACAUGCUGCUUGGAUCUUGAUGAUACCUUAGUUCACACCUUCAUAAGUCGUCCAUAUUGGUGGAAUCCGGCAGACAAUCCACUCCAUUUUGAGAUAGAUAUUGAUUGUCCUGAAGAGUAUGAAAAUGACCGUUUUGGUCCUUCGCAUUUCACAGAUACCAGUAGUGAUGGUCCUUCUCCCCUCGGCACUAAUGUGUCCCCUCUCCUUUCAUCAGAUCAGGAGCGGCGGGGAGAGGAAAAUAGAGUGCAUUUACGGCCUCGUGAGAAACUUUAUGUUUGUAUUCGUCCAUAUGCAGUAGAACUUAUUCGUUCUUGUUUAAAAAUUUUUGAGGUGGUUUUCUUCACUACAGGAACAGAGGAGUAUGCCCAACAAAUUUUUGAUCGUAUAGAACCAGAACGUGCUGCAUAUAGACUUUACCGACAUCAUUGCACAAGAAUAGGGGAAAAUAGCUACAAAAAGGAUCUUUCACUCCUUGGUCGCUCGCUGGAUCGCAUAGUUUUAUUUGACGAUCGCGGUCCAGAUGUAAGUUUCCAAUCACGCAAUGUUCUCUUCUGUGAACCUUUUAUUCUUGAACAUGUUGACGAUGUAUACGAUCGUGUUACAAAUGAUAAUGAUUUACUUGGAUAUAUUCCGUUUCUCGAGAUACUUGGGAGGCUUCCUGCACCGAGAAUGUUAAUGGCUUUGAUUGAUUACCAAGAGGUGAUGAGUUCGAGGAUGAACAGAGAAAUUCGGCGACAUGUGCACGAGGAACCCGAAGCCGCUGCUCAGAAUCCGUGA